AUGCAUUGUUUCCAAGAUACAUGCCUUGCUGAGAGACAAGAGCAGCAAGAGCUUGAACAACAACAACAACUGCAGCAGCAGCAUCAAGAACUGCAGCAGCAAGAGAUGCAGCAGCAGCAACAACUGCUUCAGCAGCAGCUACAACUGCUGCAGCAGCAGCAACAACUGCUGCAGCAGCAGCAACAACUGCUGCAGCAACAACAAGAUGAACAGGAGUUCAAUAUGCAAGCUGAGAUGUUUCUGGGUGAUAUCAUGUGGGGGAGAUGCGGCAAACAGCCAUAUUGGCCAUGCCUUGUAGUAAGGGAUGAAGAAGGGAGGUUUUAUAAAACAAAAUUGUGCUCCAACGAUGUUUGGAGAAUUUGGUUCUAUGUGCAGUGGCUGGGGGAUGGGAGGCAUUCCUGGGUGGGCCUCUCUUAUUUGGUGCCCUUUGAGAGGGCACCAAACCCCCAGCAAACUCCAUAUGAUAUGUUGAAAAACUACAUCCAAACUCACCGAAAAAACAAGGAACAAUUAAAAGCCUGCAAAAUCCCGAGGAGGCUGGCGGCAAAAAUAGAUGCUGCAGUGGAGGAGGCUCUGGAGAGGCAGGAUAGAUUUGAGUAAAGAACAU